AUGGCCACCGACGAGCUCGCCCCCGCCCCCCCUCCCGCUCCGGCCGCCGUCGCCCCAUCCCCGGCCGGGGGCGACCACUCCCCGGCCUUCUCGUUCAGCAUCUGGCCGCCGACGCAGCGCACCCGGGACGCGGUGGUGCGGCGCCUCGUGGACACGCUCGCGGGGGACACCAUCCUCUGCAAGCGCUACGGCGCCGUGCCGACCGCCGACGCCGACCCCGCGGCGCGCGCCAUCGAGGCCGAGGCCUUCGACGCCGCCGCCGCCGCCACGGGAGGCGCCGCCGCCUCCGUGGAGGAGGGGAUCGAGGCGCUGCAGUUCUACUCCAAGGAGGUGAGCCGCCGCCUGCUCGACUUCGUCAAGUCCCGCUCCGCGGACGCCAAGGCCGACCCGCCGUCCGAGGAGGCCCAGGCCCCUGCCGCGCCCGAGGCCGAGGCCGCCGAGCCCGCGUCGUGA